CUUGCAGUACGCGACUUGACAAGUAGCCAAUGGGCGCGUUGACCGCUGUCACGUGACUCGGGCAGAGCGCUUCCUGCGGCGGAGCAAAAUAGACUGGCAAUCUGAGGAACGGAGAAUUGCAGUUUCUGGGUGGACGAAGCAAACCCAGUGAUGGCCUCGGCUCCUUUAGCACCUUACAACUCCAGUCCUCUAGGGAACAGCUCCAGCCCAAACGCGUCCAGAGAGAGCCUGAAGAUGGAGCCGCUGGCAGAUGUUGCCGUGCUUCCAGGAGAAGAGAGAGUGAUCGAUAAAGACAUCAUCUACAUCUGCCCUUUUAAUGCUGCAGUCAAAGGAAAGGUGUUCAUCACCAACUACAGACUUUACUUCAAGAAUACUGACUCGGAGACACCAGUUACCCUGGACGUGCCAUUAGGUGUCAUAAGCCGUGUAGAGAAGAUGGGCGGAGCCUCCAGUCGAGGAGAGAACUCCUACGGGCUUGAAAUCAUCUGCAAGGACAUGAGGAACCUGCGAUUUGCUCUGAAGCAAGAAGGCCACAGUCGAAGAGACAUCUUUGAGAUUAUUUUCAAAUAUGCUUUCCCACUGUCUCAUGGAAUGCAACUCUUUGCCUUUCUGAGUCAGGAGAAGUAUGAGGAGAAUGGCUGGAACGUUUAUGAGCCCAUGGAAGAGUACAGGAGGCAGGUUCUACCUAAUAGUGAGUGGAGGGUCACUUUCAUCAAUAAGAACUACGAGCUGUGUGACACCUAUCCCACAAUUCUUGUUGUUCCAUACAAGGCCACAGAUGAAGAUCUUAGAAGAGUUGCUGCCUUCCGCUCCCGCUGCCGCAUCCCGGUGUUGUCGUGGUUCCAUAAAGAGAACCAUGCUGUGAUCACGCGGUGUAGCCAGCCGUUGGUGGGAAUGAGCGGCAAGCGCAACAAAGAUGAUGAACGUUACUUGGACCUAAUCCGUGAGGCCAAUGGUACUACCAAACUCACCAUCUAUGAUGCCAGGCCUAAUGUCAAUGCAGUGGCAAACAAGGCCACAGGAGGGGGUUACGAGGGCGACGAUGCAUAUCAGAAUGCUGAGCUGGUCUUUCUGGACAUCCAUAAUAUCCAUGUCAUGAGGGAGUCACUGAAGAAGUUAAAGGACAUUGUCUACCCCAAUGUGGAAGAGUCUCAUUGGCUCUCCAGCCUGGAGUCCACUCACUGGCUAGAGCAUAUUAAGCUGGUGCUAUCAGGGGCCAUCCAGGUGGCCGAUAAGGUGUCUUCUGGGAGCUCUGUGGUGGUGCACUGCAGUGACGGCUGGGACCGCACAGCUCAGCUCACCUCUCUGGCCAUGUUGAUGCUGGACUCAUACUACAGGACUCUCAGGGGCUUCCAGGUGCUGCUGGAGAAGGAAUGGAUCAGCUUCGGACACAAGUUUGCCUCAAGAAUCGGGCAUGGAGACAAAAACCAUGCAGAUCAAGACAGAUCACCUAUCUUUUUGCAGUUUAUUGACUGUGUGUGGCAAAUGACUAAACAGUUCCCAACAGCGUUUGAGUUUAAUGAACGUCUCCUGGUGGUAAUCUUGGAUCACCUGUACAGCUGCCGCUUUGGCACUUUCCUCUACAACUGUGAGAGUGCCCGUGAAAGCAAUAACGUUCGGGUGAAGACGGUGUCUCUGUGGUCUUUUGUCAACAGUGACACAUCCUUGUAUAUAAACCCCUUCUACACUCCAGAAUCCAGUCGUGUGCUUUACCCUGUUGCCAGCAUGCGCCACCUAGAGCUUUGGGUGACUUAUUACAUCAGGUGGAACCCUCGCAUACUACACCAGCAACAGAGUCCAGUGGAGCAGCGCUAUAAGGAGCUACUGGCGUUGAGGGAUCAGUACCUGAAGAAACUGGAGGAACUGCAGCUCUCUGACUCCACCCACUUGACAAACAGCUCCACCCCCAACACUGCCACGCCCAAUCAGCACAUCACACACUUACAGACACCGUUUUGAUCCCACUCACGAGCUGUUACAGACAUUGGACAUUUGUACAUAGCAAUAGUGAUUAUUAUGAUAACACAAUUAGUAAUGAUGUCGGUGAUAAUGAGUAACAAACAAUUAUGCAAUAAACCACAGUACAGCCUUCAUCGUGCAAAAACGUCAAACGAAAAGAGAAGCCUUAAAGUGACAGUGCGUUUUUUUUCAUGCCACAUACCAUGGACGAAAGUGUGUCAGAUUACGUGUGUGUAUCCCAGAUGCCACUUGGAUACUGCUUGGAAUGGUCAUGUGACAAUUGAAAGCGAUCAAGUCUGAAGGACGUAUGUGAUUUAUGUGUUGCGUUAUGUGUGUUCUAAAGUGUAGAUCUGAGUGAAGAACAUUUUUGAAUGUUGAGCACUAGUAAGAUGGCAUGUAAAUGGUGUUUCGAGAGUGCUGGUCUUGUAAACCGUAGUCUGCAUGGUGUCCAGUCAAUCCAGUAUCAAGCAGGGUCCUCAACCUUUGGGUAGAGAUAUCUUUUCAUUAGUACAUUUGGUUUAACUGCUUGGCAAACUCAAAUGGCUCACCUCAGAAGGUAAAGGAAGCAGAAACGUUGUCUAAAUGUCUUACUUUUUCCUCUGUAUGAUAUGGUAGGAAAAUGUUCUGAAGCAAUUAACAUUAGCUUGUUGAACAGACCCAGGGUUUUUUUUAAGCGAGCGACGCGGAUACCUUUUCGGUGCCUUUACUCAUAUCUGAGGCUUUCAGGUGUAUAUUUUUUUUUUUAGAGAAACAUUGUUUUUUUCUUUAUGGCAGCAUCAGCGGUAGAUUCGAAUGAUUUCCAUUCACUGUGCAUUUAAGCAACAGGUUGUUUCUUCUCCUGCUGAGGUCUGGAGUUGAACAAUUUGAAGCCCUCUAUGCUAGUGGCGUUUGGUUAUACCCUGUAAAACGAUGUGCCAUUGCCACGGAAAGCAAAUAUUUUGUUGUUGAUGGAGCUGACAGUAUUGCUUCCAAUGAGAUGUAGCAGAGUCUGCGAAGACUUUUGGGUUGGACGGAGUGGCUGGGAUAUGAAGCGGUCUGAUUGAGCUGUUCCAAAUUCAGCCUUUUCCUGAGAAAGAGAGCGCUGACUGACACGGGGUGAAAGAGGGCGGCUACAGAGAGCCACUGCUCAUGCUGUCUCACAAAACGGAACUUCUAAAGACUUUGACCUCAAUGAGGAUAUGAAGUUUAAACCAUAGUGUGUGUGAAGAAGACAAACAAGUCCAAUAAACAAACACAAACACAUUUGCGGUUGGAUGUUUCUAGAGGGAAAAAGACAAAUCUAUUUUUUAUUUUGUACAAGUACCAGAACUAUGUAAUUACCUCAAACAAAAACCUAUUUUACUGUUUAAAGUUCUAUUGUUGUAAAAUAGAAUUAUUUUAUUCAGUGUAAAAUUUGACAGUUUUAUAAAAAGGAAAGUAAUUAGAAAAAUGUUUUGGUAAUUUGUUGGACAUCCUCUUAUAAGUAUAAUUUUUUUUAAUGGGCAUUGAGGUUUUGCUUUGUAACAUUUUAAAGAUCUGAAUACGAUCUGAUUGUCUAGGGAAUUCUUUUGUUCUCAAUCCCAUUGGAUGAGAUUGAGUGAAGGAAAGCUGCACACUUUGAUUUUUUUUCUUUUUUUGACAUUAGCUUAAGUUAGACAUAAUAGUUUAGAGGGAUCUAUUUUUGUUUUGUAUUCCCACAUGUAUCCUUUAUUUGUUGGCCAGCUAUUGUUCUGUACAUAAUGCUGAUUAAAUUAAUUUAAAGAGUUCACAAGGAAAA